UGGCUCUUGGUAAGCUGGAGACAUUCAAACAGCAAGAAGGGGGAAAUAAAAAACAAACCAAAAAAGAAUAAAAUAAAAUAAACGCAUAAAUAAAAAAAAUACAUAUAGUUAGAUGAGCCAAUGACUUCCAGUGUGUGUUCGGAACCAGGGAAUUGCUGCUCUUGAUCCAGUGUGGGUGUCAUCGUGCUGUCACAGCGCAAGCUGCAGCAACGCCCCCGGCGCACCUGCUGUGGUUGCAUGUUGUGAAAAGCACGGGUGCUCGCCUCCGCCAGUCGUGAUUACUGCUGAAGAAGAAGAUACUGCUUGACAUUAACAGGAAAUACUUUUAACUAGAGUUCUCCGAACCCACUUCAACCUGUCUGCUGUACGACCAACCUAGUCCACAAGUGUUAGACAACGACUGUAAGUGGACUCGCAGAACCAUGAUGAAGGCGCCGGUGGCUCUCUGUUUCUGGAUUUGUGCAACAGGUUUAACACCUGCUUUCACUUCUACUGACGUGGCCGAUUCCAGCGCCUCAGCAUCCACUACCCUCCUGCCACCCACUUCAGGGCCUGUUACCAAGGAAACCACAGACCACAGCUCAUUGGCUGCUAUGACUACUACGACUAUUACCAACCAAACUGCAGGCUCACUGUUUACCUCAACUGGCCUGGUUUCCAAUGAAACGACAGGCAACAGCUCAUUGGUUAACUCAACUGACCUGGUUUCCAAUGAAACAACAGGCAACAGUUCAUUGGCUAAUUCAACUGGCCUGGUUUCCAAAGAAACUGCAGACAACAGCUCAUUGGUUAACUCUACCACAGAUUCAACAUCUCCAGCCCCCAAUACAACCCAUGUAAGUAGUACAACACUAGGAAUAAAUGAGACCCAAGUAACUACCAACAUAUCCAGUGCACCCACGACCCUCAGUAGCACCAUGCCGGGGAAUGAUUCCUAUACCUCUCAGUAUAAGAGCAGUGUCAACACAAUGACUCCUUUACCAACCAGUAACGGUACCAUGAUCAGGAGCAGUCCAGAGCCGCCUGCCAGUACUGCUGAGAGCACAACGACCAGCCAGGUUUCAAACCCCACUGCCAGCACCACUGCCUCUGCUGUCAUCCAGCAGGAUACCCGAGGAGGCAAGUCUGGAAACAGCACCACUGAUGGGAUUGUGUCUCAGAAGAUUCGACCGCUGUCAGGGUCAGCAGUGGCGGUCGCUGUGAUCGGGACGAUCGUAGUGCUGGGAUUACUGGUCGGAGCACUGGUCUGGAAGAAGAGGGAGAGGUACACUCGUCUCGAGGAAGACCAGCCCGUGGGAUCCCAGGGCAACUACACUAAUCCUGUAUACGGGCUCUGAGGAGCUCCUGCGGCAGGACUGAGCUGGAAUGCAAUGGGAGCAGCCAAGAAAAAAACUGCUUUUUAAUGAUAAUCAAGAUACGGGAAUGAUGUACUGCUCAACCCCAGAACUACCCCUCCUCUGUAUCUGCUCUGAAAGACUCUGCUUGUGGCAAAUGCAGUUGCAUAGCAACAGAGGAACGUAAUGGACUUGCAGUCCAGGUUUUAGCAGCAGGGCGGCAGGUGUACUGUAUAUACACACACACAAUCAGGUAUACUGUAUAUACACACACAUACACACACAAUCAGGUAUACUGUAUCUAUACA